CCUAAUUUUUUUGAAAAUUAUUAAAAUGGUCGUUUUAACUUCGAAAGAGACAAAACCUUCAGUAGCUGAGUUUUAUGCGGGAAAAUCUGUUUUUAUUACUGGUGGUACUGGAUUUCUUGGGAAGGUAUUCAUAGAGAAACUUCUGUAUAGCUGUCCAGAUAUCGGCAAUAUUUACAUGCUCAUACGGGAGAAGAAAGGGCUAUCUGUUAGCGAGAGAAUAAAACAGUUUCUUGAUGAUCCGCUCUUUACCAGACUAAAAGAGAAAAGGCCAGCAGAUUUGGAGAAGAUAGUUUUGAUACCUGGCGAUAUUACUGCUCCUGACCUUGGUAUUACUUCUGAAAAUGAGAAGAUGCUUAUAGAGAAGGUAUCAGUGAUUAUCCACUCGGCUGCUACAGUGAAGUUCAAUGAGCCUCUCCCAACUGCUUGGAAGAUCAACGUGGAGGGAACUAGGAUGAUGCUGGCUUUGAGUCGGAGGAUGAAGAGGAUUGAGGUAUUCAUACACAUAUCGACGGCUUACACGAACACAAAUAGGGAAGUAGUUGACGAGAUCCUGUACCCAGCGCCCGCUGACAUCAAUCAGGUACAUCAGUAUGUAAAAGACGGGAUUUCUGAGGAAGACACAGAGAAAAUACUUAAUGGCCGUCCAAAUACAUACACGUUCACGAAAGCUUUGACUGAGCAUCUGGUUGCUGAGAACCAAGCCUACGUACCUACUAUCAUUGUUAGGCCUUCCGUCGUGGCAGCAAUAAAAGAUGAGCCAAUAAAGGGUUGGCUCGGCAACUGGUAUGGAGCUACUGGUCUUACCGUCUUCACCGCUAAGGGUCUUAACCGAGUUAUAUAUGGACACUCCAGCUAUAUUGUAGAUUUGAUACCAGUGGAUUAUGUCGCUAAUCUGGUGAUCGCUGCUGGGGCUAAGAGUAGCAAGUCAACUGAACUGAAGGUGUACAACUGCUGCAGCAGUGCCUGCAACCCCAUCACAAUUGGCAAGCUGAUGAGCAUGUUCGCUGAGGAUGCUAUCAAACAGAAGUCUUAUGCUAUGCCUUUACCUGGGUGGUACAUUUUCACAAAAUACAAAUGGUUGGUGCUUCUCCUUACAAUGCUGUUUCAAGUAAUACCAGCGUAUAUCACAGAUCUAUACAGACACUUGAUUGGGAAGAAUCCACGGUACAUAAAACUCCAGUCCCUAGUAAAUCAAACGCGAUCUUCAAUCGACUUCUUCACGAGCCACUCCUGGGUGAUGAAGGCAGACAGAGUGAGAGAGCUAUUCGCCUCUCUUUCCCCCGCAGACAAGUAUCUGUUUCCCUGUGAUCCUACGGACAUUAACUGGACACAUUACAUACAAGACUACUGUUGGGGAGUACGGCAUUUUUUGGAAAAGAAAUCUACGAAUAAAUAAAUAGAAACGGCAAUAUACAAACUAUUGAUUUGCAUUCGUGUCAAAUUCAAGAACGUAAUAAUGAUAAUGAUUCUCAACCCAAAACAACAAUAAAAUGGGUAGUUUUUUUUAUUCUCACUAUAAGUGUAACCCAGCCGUAUUUAAGCCGUAUUUAUUUGUGUUACUAGCCUACCGACCAACCGCGCUGCGCUGUCACACAAACGCAAACAUAAAGCAUACGCAACGAUCAGUCAUAAAAUCAUUCACAAGAUUGAGUUAAUUUCAAAAACAAAAAAAGCAGCACAUAUCAGCUAUUUCCCGUACUUUCAAUUGAUGUAUUUACGUAUUUUAUAGCAACCUCCUUAAAUCAGACACGGAUGCAAAUCAACAGCUUGUAUAAAAUAAAUUAAAUUAUUUUUUGGUUAGUUCUUAGAUAUAGUUAGAGGUAUUAGAAGCGAUGGCUGAUUUCUGUAAGAAGAUUCUGUCAGGAAAAAUAACAGAAGUAUUAUUUUGAUAAAAAUAAACACGGAGGAAGGAAAGAUAGCGGAGAUGUCGUAAGGAAGGUAGGUCAGGCGCCUUCUUGUAGGUCAAGCAACGUACGGUAGAUGUAAUCAGUUACUAUAAAUAACUAGGCGUUCGGGUUUCUUGUCAAAACAAAACUAAUAGUCUAAGAUCCCAUCUAGAGGUAUCCUUCACCGAUAUGCUUACAGAUUGAGAAGUAAUUUUCUAUAAAAUAUGAUAUACUUGAUAUACUUAUAAACCCAUUAGGUUGCCAAUUUUUUUUUUCAAAACCUGAUUAAUUCAUAAAUAAUUGAUAAACCUAAUUUGUCAAAGAUUGCUGGUAGCUGGGAAGGCGAAUGAGAGGGGAGCUGGUACCGUUCCUCGUCCCCCGAACACCUGCAUUUUGGCGUGCUACUUUCUUAGGAGGUUUUGUGUUAUGACAUCUCCGUUACAAAUUUUGUUCUCCAUGGUAGAGGCCAUUAAGUAAUGUCACAUUCUUUUAGCCGUACUAAGUCGGGUAGAAUGUUUUACUUAAAGGCGAAAAUUAGCAGUAAAAUUUAGUAUUUCAUAUAUUUUUUGUCUCAUAUUUUAUUUAUGUACAUUUCCAUUUCAUUCAAUAAACAUUUGAAAAACCAA